UCCUUACGUCAUCUCUCUUUUUCUUUUGCGACUUUCCCAAGCCCCAUGUAUGAGAGCUGUAUAGAUAUAUUUCCUCUCACUCGCAGCCCCCAGUCUCCCUUCCGCCGCCUAUACUACUCGAGACUCUUGAAAUGCCAACUUAUUUGUCCCAGUCUGCCGUCACCGGUUUGCUUCUCGAUCCCCAAUCACCCAUCACGUUCAGCUAUCUAAGAUCCCUACGAAUCAAAUUUCUAAGCCCCACUGAUCUCCCAAUAGUCAUAGCUUUGGUAGAGGCAUCACGCGCCACGCUUGUAAACCUAUUCCUUGGGCUAAUGCUCUUAAAUCCUAUGCACCGGACGUUGCUACUCCCACUGUAUCAUCUCAGAUGCUUACACAUCCAGAUAUCUAAUGAUUCUCAACAUGCACAGCUAUUUGCAUGGUGGAUAAAUGUUUUCCAGAUGAGCGAGCAAGGUUGGCGUCUGGAAGAUGUCACUAUUAGACUGAUGCUCAGGGGCAGCAUGCAUACGUUCCAUGAUACCCAUCUAUGGUCUUUGCUCGAUGCUGCAAUCACCCGAUCGUGCAUGAGGAAACUACGCACUGUCAAGAUCGAUAUCUCUUUUCCGCCUGCCUUGGCACUCGCCACUGAAACUCAAGAGCUGCCCGGCCUCAUAAGACUUGCAUGUCCUUCCAUGAUAGCCAAGGCACUCCUGCAUAUGAAACCAAAUGCAUCAGGAACUUCUCCUGUGUAUAUUGGAUAACUCGAUUACUAUGCUGGGAAAUUGCGGUAGCCUCCCACAAAUCGUGUUCGAGGUAGCUGCUCAUUAAAGUUACUUCACUCGUGUCUAGAGGAAUGAUAUCACUAUGGCGACUAGCGCGUCGCAUUUGUAACAGAUA